AAAGACUUUAAUACUCAUAUACCCCUUGUUCAUGAAUCUGUUUUUGAUUUGUCUUUCUUUCAUCUUUCUCUCGGCUGUUAGGCCCAUUGGCGCUGACCACGGAGGAUGGGAUACAGGGCAUGCCACCUUUUAUGGUGCCAUGGACGGCGGAGAAACCAUGGGUGGAGCUUGUGGAUAUGGCAACUUAUUUGAGCAAGGCUAUGGCCUUGAAACCGCCGCUCUGAGCACUGCCCUUUUUAACAGCGGCCUCAGCUGCGGCGCCUGCUUCCAAAUACUAUGCUUCAACGACAAACAAUGGUGCGCUCCCGGCUACAUCACCAUAACCGCCACCAACUUCUGCCCUCCCAACUACGCAAAACCCAACGACAAUGGCGGUUGGUGCAACCCUCCCUUAAAACACUUCGAUCUCUCCAUGCCAAUGUUCGUUAGGAUCACAAAGGACUAUCAUGCCGGCAUCGUCCCUGUCCUGUUCCGCCGCGUCCCUUGCCAUAAAAAAGGUGGGAUCAGGUUCCAGAUGCAAGGGAACCAGUGGACGCCAUUUGUUAUUAUCCUCAACGUCGGCGGCGCUGGGGAUGUUAGGGAGGUUUGGGUGAAAGGGGGAGGUGGGUGGUCGGCAAUGACCAGAAAUUGGGGACAAGUUUGGCAGACCUCGGAGAAGUUAGUAGGACAGACUGUUUCGUUUUCGGUGACCACGAGCGACGGGCGGACCGUGCAGUCGUUAAACGUGGUGCCGCCCAACUGGCAGUUUGGUCAGACUUUUGAGGGUAGCCAGUUUUAG